UUCACACGAUUGGCUUAGAAUGUUGACAGCGAAUACAUACUAUUGACUGCAUUAACUAAUUUGAGUCAUACUUGAAUUAUUGUGAAAAAGUACAGUACAGUACAGUACAGGCGAGGGCUGGAUUUAUUAUCAGAAUGGGGCUACGAUAUACAGUCACAAUUUACAAUAUGUGAAAUGAAAUACGAGUCUACUUCAAAUGUGACAGCAAAACCUGAAAACACUGUUCCACAAGUAAGGAAGAAAAUGUGUUUAUAGGAGUUUAAAAACACCAGAAAUUAACAUCACUAUCAGACACAGAAGUUUCAAUAUGACAUAUACAAUACAUUAUGUUUAUUCAUUGUUCAAGGUGUGUGUGUUCUGCGGCAAUCUUAUCAGAACUACUGCAGAAUGAACUUGUACAGCCAUGCAGCCUCACUGACUGACUAUCUCAUGGUAACAAAGUAAAAUGUGUCACUCUUGAUAAGGGGAAAUGUAGUGUGCCAAUCCUAGUAUGAGUUAAAGCAACUUGGAAGAAUUAGGCAGUUUUCUAAUCAUAAUUAGUCCAUGGCAAACUAAAUAACAGCAUUAAAGUUCCCUUCAAGCUAAUUUUUGUUUGUUUGGGUUUUUUUUGUUGGUUUUUUUUUUUUUUUUUUGCUCUCUGGCUCUCCCUGGCUUUCUGGUCCCUUUCACAAACACACAGAGACACAUGAUGUACACACAGAGAGGAUAUCCUAUAAAUAAAGAGCAGGCUGUUGAUGAGAGAUGCCCUCUGACACACUGCAGGUGUUUCCUGCACUCAAAUAAAAGACCUAGAAGAGAGUAGAGAGAACCCCCCCCCCCUUUCCGCCCUGCACUAAACUCCCUUUGAAACUUUCAAAGAAAUCCAGUCACAUGUAACCAAGGUAAACUAUUAUCCUGACACUGACAAUCUAAUGAUAACAGACUGGAGUGGCCCUGGCCCUCACACCUCGCACAUGAUCCUCCUGUUGAUGUUUAGCUAGCACCGACUGGGAAAGGGGCUGAAGGAGAAAAGCCAGCAGGAGAUUAUUACAAGCAGCUGAACUCAGCCCAGUAACAUUCAUCUGCAGGGGCUCAACACUGCUUUCCCAUGCUAUCCCAGCCGUGUGAUAGGCCUAUUUUUUCAAUCACAUUUUCUCCCUUCAAUGAGCACAAGUGCUAAAUUUGUUUCAUUUUAAUAACAGUUUACAAGGUUUAUGCAGCAUGUCUUAAUGUUUUGGUUCAGAUGGAGUAAACUGUUAUAAGUAGCACUGUGUGAAAACAGCUGUCAGUUGAAUUCCGUCGCUUCACCAGGAACGGUAUAUGCAAAACAGCAUGGAAAUAUCAAAAGAUACAACAUGACAGGGCCGAUUUUAUUUUUUACUUUUACAAACAGCAUAACAACAGAUAAAAGAUGUAAAACAGAGGUGACAGGCGAGGUCAAGAAACCACAGACUUAUACAGUGAACCUCCCCGACACAAUUAAACUUUAACACCGCAUGAUGCAGUUGAAAAUACUAACUAGUUAGCGCACAAGGACAAAAGUCGAAAUACAUAACGGAAUGUAAUAGAUAAAUUAUUGAAAUAUCCAGCUUCUGCCACUCCAAGUGCUCGUAGCACAAAUGUAAACUUGACCAAAGCUACUGAGAACAUAAGGAGAAAAAAACCAAAAACAAGACUAAGCGUCUACAGCCAUGCAGCAGCUCGCUCAGCCUGUAGGCACAGUAGUGCUUAAGCUAAAUGCUAACAUCAGCAUACUAACAUGUUCACAAUGACAAUGCUAACAUGCAGGUUUAAUAUUUGCCAUGUUCACCCUUUUAGUUUAGCACGUUAGCAUGCUAACAUUUGCUAACACGCACUAAACACAAAGUACAGCUGAGGCUGAUGGGAAUGUCAUUAGUUUUGCAAGUAUUUGGUCACAAAUCAAGUUAUUGAAAAAGUAUUUCAUGGCAAUCCAUCCAAUAAUUGUUGAGAUAUUUCAGUCUGACCCAAAGUGGUGGACUUUCUCAUGUGUUGUCUCUUGAAGUUAUUGUUGUAUAUUGGUCUAAUUUAUUUGCAUGGUUUUAGACAGCUCUUGUGUUGUUUCAAGGUGCCAUUUAGGAUGAAAUCUUGUACAUGAUUGUAUUGGAAACUAUAGUCAUGAUUGUAUAAUCGCAUUUCUUUUUCAAUCUGUCUGUUUAUUUGUGGAAUAUUUUGUGUUAUCUGUCUUAUGUUGUUUGUGUGAAACUCAUUGUUAGUGCUGUCUAUCCUGGCACUCUUUUUAGAUUUUUAAUCUUAACGAGGCCUUCCUGAUCAAAUAAAAGAUAAAAAAAUAAUUAAUAAUGAUUUGGCAGCAUGUGCACAUGUUAGAUUCUACAAAGCUGUUAAGAUCUUUUUUUUGCCAACUCCUUGAACUCAAAUGUAUCAUACAGUGCAGUCUGCAAACAUAUUUACUUACUAAACUAUUACUUACCAUCUUACUUAACAACCAGCUAAACCAGCUGCAAAGAAGCAAUAUCUGCUUUUUUAACAUUCAACAUUGAUCCUGCUAGACUGAGUUUGAGAUAAAAGUUAUCAUUUGCACUAAAAGUUAGUUUAAAAGGUAAUCAAGAAAGAUAUCUGCUUAUGUCCCGCAUUAACAGUUAGUGAUUUCCCAGCCAAUGGAAAGCUUAAGAUCAUCAGUUUAUCACACUCAUAGGCUUAAUGGGAUGUCACCAACAGGUUAACACAGAUAACAACCUGUUCCAGCUGCUCCCCUUUCAUUAGCAGGUUUACAGGAUUAGGACCUCUGAGACUGCUCAGCAACAGCGGCCAUGGAAACGUGCCAUCAAGGCAUCAACUAUCUAGAGAUUUAGGCAUAGGUGCUUGACUGAGCAGGUGAAGGAGAAGCAAAAUUCUGCGGAACAGCCAACGCUGACGCACCUGUCCUGGACCAACCCUCCCACCUCCUCUGUGUUACUGCUGAGGCAAAGAUCUCUGUCCCGUCGCAGACCUCCAAGCCACAGGAAAAAUGGGCAACAUGGCAACAGAGAUCGUUGCCUUUCUCCUGACCAUCUCGGGGUGGAUCCUGGUGUCGUCCACCCUGCCUACAGACUACUGGAAGGUGUCCUCUGUGGACGGGACGGUCAUCACCACAGCUACCUUCUGGUCCAACCUAUGGAAAACAUGUGUGACUGAUUCCACAGGUGUGUCCAACUGCAAGGAUUUUCCUUCAAUGCUGGCUCUGGAUGCCUAUAUCCAGGUGUGUCGGGGUUUGAUGAUCGCUGCCGUAUGUCUGGGUUUCUUUGGUGCCAUCCUCGCUUUGGUAGGCAUGAAGUGCACGAAAAUAGGAGGCUCAGAGACCACCAAGGCUCGUCUGACCAUCCUUUCGGGCUUCCACUUCAUUCUCAGCGGCCUCUGCUGCAUGACUGCAUGCUCCAUAUAUGCUCACAGGAUCACAACUGACUUCUUUGACCCUCUCUUUGUUGCCCAGAAGUUUGAGCUGGGAGCUGCUCUCUUCAUCGGCUGGGCUGGAUCUGUGCUGUGUAUCCUUGGAGGACUUAUCUUCUGUCUCUCCCUGUCUGAAGGCUUCAGUAUCAGAGCUGAAUACUCCUACAGUAGAGCUGCAUCAUUUGUGACAGCACGCAACAAGCACAGCAAGACAGUAAACAGCCUCCACAGGGAACCAGGGGAGCCGUCGAGGCAAUUUGGAAGAAAUGCCUAUGUGUAAACUCUUGUUGUUAUAUGAGUUGAUUGUGGAAUUUAUUAUAAUAGUUUGUGGUCACCAGAAACUAUUUCACCAGUAAAAGCCAACAGCAUUCAUUUUUAGGAAUUUCUGUGCUCAACUCUAUGAAAAUAAUUGCUGGAAAGAGUAAUUCAUGUGACAGUUUACAUAUUUUAUUGAUUUCCACUGGCCAGAUUCAUCUUUAAAUAUGGCUGCUUUGUGGGACAUUUCUGUCAAUGGCCCAUAUGUAAAAGAUAAGCUUGCUUUUCUUUUAGGGCAGGAAAUUUGAUUUGGCACAAAACACCAUUCAAACUCUCCGGUCACCUUCAACAAGCUGGCCUUUCCUGCCUGUGUCACACAGACUGGACAAUGUCUAUUUUAUAAUUCUUGAGUCAAAGGCCAAUUGGACAUCAAUAUUUAAAGGAGUCUGCGAUAGAUUUUAAAGCAUUUUUCGAGCUUUUCUUUCCGUUAAAACUGGAGGAUGUCACACAGAUAGCAAGUACACCUUUUGUGUGAGCUUCCUGCUAGAGCUUAUGUUAUAGGAAUAAGAUGGUUUGCAAAUUCAUUGGUAUAUACUUAUUAAAGCAGUUCUGUUUUCAUAGAAUUUGCUGUUUUCAUUUCUUUUCCAAUGUGUUUUUAUUGUUAGACACAUUAUAAGCAUGCUGUUCUGGAAGCAAUAAAAUUAUGCAAG